ACAGAUAUCCAAUGUGACUGUAAUAUGUUACUAUAGUGAUAAAGUUUAGAUAACUGAUAUCACAAUGGGAGAGGAAACAAACAUGACGUCAUCAAACAAUGACGUAACGGAAGGAUUAAAUUCACGAACCCAAUCCUAUACUAGUGUGGCAUCUAGUCAUACCAGCAGGGGAAGUCGCUUACCUGAUUACGACUUUGACCAGGACGAUCGACCCGGGAACUAUUCCGGCGGGAAAGAUAAAGAAAAUAAAAAGGCGGGAAAGGAUGAAAAGAAAGGGAAGAAGGCAGAAAAGGGUGAAAAUAAGAAGACUCAAAAAAUGAAGAAAGACAAGUCACAGAAAACCGAAAAACAACCUAAAAAUGAAAAAACCGUUAAAAAAGCAAAACCGACAAAAGAAACGAACAAGAAAAAAGUAAUAGCUGAUAAGAAUAAAGAUGAAAAAACAGUAAAGACUGACAAAAAAUCAAUAAAGGGCAAAGAUAACGAUGCUCUUGUAAACGAAUUGAAAUCAACUUUGGCCAAAGUUCCCAAAGAUGACGAUAAAUCAGUAAAUGACGUAAGUUUGACGUCAGAACCAGGGACGUCUAGUGACGUUGCCGAUAAAAAGAACAAAAAAACAAAAGACAAGAAAACUAAAGAUAAAAAGAAAACCAAGAAAACAGAAAAAAAGAAAAAUAAGAAUAGAUCAAUCAGUAGGGCGAGUAGCGAGGCUUCAUUCAGUGGUUUGUCAACAGAUUAUUCCGAAUAUGCGUCAGAGACUGAUGACGUUAAUAGUGACGUCACUAAAAAUAAAUCAUCCAAAAAUAAAUCAAAAAAUAAAAAAGAUAAGAAAGGUAAAAAGGGUGAUAAGAAAAGGACUGAUAAGGAGGGUCCGGUUAUCGUUAUAGUGGACGACGAAGUUGGGCCUAAGUUGCCAAAGAAGAAGGAACCACUGCUCUACAACUGUUGUUUCUGCUGCAGCCUUGGAGCUGGAAGUCUGAUUGCUGGUAUUGCGUUUGUGUUAAUCUGCAUCGGAUUCCUCGUGAUACGAGCAGAAGAGUUCAAGAUCCGCACGGUGAUCGGGAUAUGGAGGGGUGAAAGGUUACUUCCGGAUGUUUGGAGAUUGCUUCUCAUAUUCGGCUUCAUGAGCGCAUCAUUCUGUCUUCUCGCGUCAUUGUUGCUCGUCGUUGCUUCUUGCUUAUGGGGUAACAAGGAACGUUACAAACGAAUGCGACGAUGCAUAAUGUUUUGGUUCAUCGCAACAACGACAGCCCUGAUCAACAACAUAGGUGAAGCUGUCUUCGUGCAAGCCAUGCCAAACAUAAAGUUUAAAGGUUUCACUCAUUCAAGCGACAGCAUCGAUGAAAUCAAAUCAAACAAUGUCAAACUUUGGGGGCUGACCGGAUUGUUUGCUAUAUUAUUUGUCUACAUUACAUUGGUCCUGAUCUCCUAUCUAAGACUUCUAAAAUACAUGGAUUCACCUAAAAUCGGCACAAACCCCACCCCAUCUUCGACUCAGCAGCCCCCUCUAUCGUUGCAACCCGGAGGAGCCAAAGUCGGAGUUAAAAAACCGAGAACAAAUACAGCUGAAGAUGAAAUAGGAAUGAAAACAAUAUCAGAGAGGAACAAACCGAAGAAAGAUCGAUCAAAACCGGACGCUUUGCCUCGCAGACAGGCCGAAAAGAAAGAAACAAGGCCUGUUUUCAGCGAAGACUACGGAGAUCGGAUCUACGUCAACACAAGUUUUGUACCAGACGAUGAAGCAGGACCCAGUGACCCGAUAUCUCGUUCAGACUCAAGAGCUUCUUUGAUUUCCACAAAGAAGACUUUCAAGGAGGCAGUGGAUGAAGUCACCAAUGAUCCAAAUAUUUUUGAUAAUUUGUCUAAACCGAGACCGCUGAGACGAAUGCCUAACAGGCGACCACCAGCACCAUUUAUACAGGAAGCGAUCUAUAUGAACCAUGACCUCCGACCUACGACCCCGAAACCAUCAUAUACUCAAGUCUCAAAACCACUCAAGCGUGCAGCCUCGCUUUCUGACGUCAACUCACCUGUUUAUGAUUGUCCGCCGCCAGAAAUUGAUUUGAAAGAACUUGCUCAGAAAAUCAAAAAAGAUGGCCGCCCAUUUGGAUCGAAAGAUACUGGUUUCAAUUCAAGAUCGUCUCUCGCCUCAAGUGAAAGCCCUCCUGAUAUCAAUGAAAUGGAAAAGUUGGCUGAACAGCUUCGCCAGGAGAGAGAAGCGUUGGAUAAAUCUGGAAAUUGUGAUCCGGCAAUGGCGGAGAACUUGACACAGAUGGCGCUCAACGCUCUCAAGUUAUCGGAGAAAAUUCUCCAAGAAGCAAAAUCAAACGAGAACGCCAAACAACAACCCGACUCGGUUCCUGCUAUGUCAGAAGAAGAAGAACGAGAAUCAAUUCAGCAGAAUCUGCAGUUGGCGACGUGUUUCUUUGAUGAAUUAUCUCGGGAUCCGAACGCAUUUACAGGGAAUCCAGUUGAAGAAAUGUUCCGCAUGUAUGGGAAGGAUUUAUGCAGUCAGAAUCCCGAGAUGGUGAACCGUUAUCUAAUGUCUUACAAGGCGUUGCAAGAUCAUAAAGGUCGUCUACCACAGCCUUUCCUUCCUCCUGAGACCGGGAUCGCUGAAGCAGUGAUGAACGAACAACAACCGUGGAGAUCUAUACUCAACCCGAGUGAAGCAGUGCCAGCUAUAGCCCCAAUGUCAAACAUGGGGACACCGGUUCCCAACAUGGGGACACUAAUGCCAAACAAUCCUUUACUAAGUUCAAUGUCACAGUCCUCAAUGGGGGGACAAUAUCCUCCAACAAACGACCCUCGAUUUGAUCCCAGGAGUGCAUUCACACCUAUACAACCCCCUGUAUCACAGCCAUUUCAUACAGUCAGCCACGCUCAGUCUGGCCCGCCUCCACCCAAUAACUUCUACCCGAUAGAAUACCCUCAACAAAACUCAGCAUCUUACAACCCCCCGGAGCCCCCCACAAUCUCCAGGCCCCCAAAUCAAGCACCCCCAUUCAAAGGGCACCCUUAUGACCCACGGUACAAUAGGAAUAAUUUACCUCCCAAGUCUGCUCAAGAUCACAAGGGGAUUCCCCACGAUGAACUCUAUUAUGACGAAGAAUGCCCAUACAGUUGCUGCUACACGAUGUAUGAUGACUAUGGAUCAAUUUAUGGGGAUUUUGGGGGUUAUCCCCCGCAUUACCCGGGGUCUGAGUCUUUAUAUGGAGACGUUGGGAUGUAUACAGGACCCAACUGGUUCCCUAUGGGAGACCCAGCGUAUUCAGUCGACCCUUAUUAUAAUCCGUACGAGUACUGGGACGAGCCAGCCCCACCAUAUACUGAGAAAUCAGGAACUAGUAGCCAUAGAACGCAGAGUCGAGGUUACGACAGCAAGGCUGGAACCAGCAGUCGAGGUUACGACAGCAAGGCUGGAACCAGCAGUCGAGGCUAUGACAGCAGGGCUGGAGCCAGCAGCCGCGGAUACGACAGCAGAGCUGAGACGAGCAGAGCGUCCGGAAGUCGAGGAUAUUCCGGAAGUAGUAAAGGUUACAGCUACAAAAGUCGAAGUUUGCCGAAUCUCACUGAUAACGAUCUUUAUUCAGAGGGUCAAAGGUCAUUAUCAGGUCGAAGAUCCAGUAAAUCGAGUCGAAACUUGGCUGAGUGGGGAAUAGAGAACGAAGACUUGCAUGACAUGCUUGGUCGUCCGGUGUCGAGAGGUUCCAAGUCAAAAUCUUUACCGAGAUCAAAUUCGUUCAUUGCUAAUGCGGUGGAAGAGAACACGACACGAGAUGCGUUCUUGAAGGGUUACAAGACGGCUCUCCGUGAAGCCCUUCAGACGAUCAGUAAGGAUAAACAAAAGGACAAACUUCAGGACGGAGAUGAUUUCAUUGAAAAGCUUAUAUCACAAGUGGGGGAUAAAGAUUCCAGGGCAGCAGAAUCGAGAAGGAGCGGAUCGAACAUGGCCCGAACGAUAAGUUCGGAUUCAAGAAUGAGUUGGAAACAUCAGGAUGAAAGAAAGGUUUCAGUCAAUUCGAACAAAGAUUCAAGAAAUUUUAGUCGUUCGUCGAACAAUCGAAGAAGUUCAAAGAACAUGAGUCGUUCAACGAGUCAGAAUUCAGAGGCGACAGAGAAGCUUUCUUCCCGCAGAACCAGCAAACUAUCGUUCAGACCUGCAUCAAGACCAGGACAGAUCCUAACAGAUGACUAUUACGACUACAGAUCAAUAUCGUCGAUUCCCCCAAGCAGAAAUGAAUUUGAUGAUUUCGGAUUCCCGAGAAAAACGUCCCAAAGUUCGGUCGGAUUUGCUCGGUCAUCGACAAGUCGAGACACUGAACAGACGAACGAUAUCUUGGACGUGUUUGAUGCGAUGUCGUCGCAUGCUGGAAGACCUUCUACCAGAUCUCGUGUGCAAAGUAGAGCUAUUUCAAGAAAUAAGGAACCGAUUUCAAUUCCAAGUCAAGGAUCAAACACAACGUAUCCGUACUCAGAGAAUGGGAGUCAUUUCUACAACACACUCGAUCUUGAAAGAGCUUUCUCCGGACCGCAGUUUCAAAACAUGGAAGCUGAAAGAAGCAACAAUACCGACCGUGUGAGCGGUGAACGUUCCAGAAGUCAAAAUGUUAACAAAAGAGAAAUGGAAUGGAGAGAAAACUCAAAUUCCCGGAAUGCGAAUCAAACAGAAAGAAGAAAUUGGAAAGAAAACAAACAAUUUGAGAACGAAUUCAAUGGAAAGAACGAAUUUAAUGAAAGGAACGAAUUCAAUGAAAGGAACGAAUUCAAUGGAAGGAACGAAUUCAAUGAAAGGAACGAAUUCAAUGGGAGGAAGGAACGAAGUAAAAGUGUAAACGACAACAAACCACCGAUACAAUGGUUCAUGGGAGACGAUGACAGGGAUCCGAUUUAUACAAGCGAUUAUGAGCAACACGGCAUCAGAGUCGGAGAUUCGUUUUCAUCGGUGAACAAACGGAAUAAUCCAUCGUUACAUCGCAGUUCAUCAUAUCCUGACCAACAGAGACUUGAUUCGUUCGGGAGUUCAAAACGAAAGGUGACCUUUGACCGUAGACCACGCAUCAAAGAAGUAAGCGACCGACGUACUUCCUGGAACUGAGGAGAGAAUUUUUUCAUUUCCUCAAACAAAAGUCCAUUCUACAAAUUUGAAUAAAGACUAAUACAGUGUCGAUUUAUUCAUUAAUUAUAUAGCUAUUAUAUAGUUUUGAUGGUUUAAUAAAUAAAAAAAAUA